AUGCUGCCCCUAGUUCAGAUGCACCAAAUGGUGCCCACGCCGCCUCACCUCGAUCCUCAUAUCGACCACCUCGACCAGGUUUCACCUUUAUCGAACAUUAGGCCCGGCUACAUGGCCCAGCACUCAUACCAGCGUCAACAACCGAGGUCCUCUAAUCAGUAUCCGAACGCCAACCGGGCCCCGACCACGUUUCCCAUACGUAGCUCGCAGCCCGCUCAGUCACCGUACCAUAGCCAACCGACAGGUUUAUUUAACCUAGACCACAUACAGCGUCAGGCGGAGCAUAGUCAACACCAACUACGGAGGAAGACUCCAAGCGGCACGAUAGAUGCGGGCUACGAUGGCUCUCCGGCUGGCACAUUCGGCCCGCCGCCGCUCAAGCAGCUUAUCAUACCGGCUAACUCGAAAAUCUACCCUACAGCCUUUGUGCAGACCUGCUCACAGCCCCCCAGUAUCAACAAUAGACAAAUGCCAUUGUUGCCUACCUCGAACUGGCAAUACCAACCACAGAACCAGCCGACCAACUUUGAUAAUUCUCAGCCUGCGGGAUGGAAUUUGGGUCAGGCAAUACAGCCUGAUGGCUCCCAUUUGGCGGAGGGAAGUUCGGUGCCUUAUUACCCUCAGCAUUUAUACGGCUGCGAUCCAAGGUUACAAAAUGUUUUCAGGCCAGCGUACCAGCAAAAAAUGGGUAGCACCGCUUUCAACCCUGCUGGGUUCACUCCCCCGCCCGUCUGGAGGGACACGGGAGUCUCAGACUAUAGUCGCCAAGUCCCCUUGUCCAACUUAGGCUAUAUUCCCCAGAAUGCAGUUGUCGACGCCGCCUACAUGCCCAGCCAGCAAUCAAUGCACCACCCGCUUAUGGGUAACUUUCUGGGCCAGGGCUCGUCAAUGCGCGGGUCGUUACUGUCCGGGUUCGAUCCAGACCCUAGUAUGGCGCAGCAGCUUCAGAAUUCUCUACCGUCUCAAGGUGCCUUAGACCAGCUUUCGCCCAACGGCGGGCAUCUCAGUCUGCAAGGCGAUGUGUCUACCCCCGCACAGUUCAAGGACAAGGCUCUCAGCCUUGCUCACAAAACCUAUGCGUCACUGAUUGACCAUUUGAACAAGACGAAGCAGGCCCACUAUGGCAAAUCCAUGCCCGGUAUCAAAGGUUCCUCCAAGAUGGUUGUGUUUCCAACUGUGCCAAAGCAGCUUGUGUCCUCUCUCAACUCGCGACAACUGUCAGCUGCACAUGUCAACGGCAAUAUGUUCGUCAAUUCGAACCAACCUAAUUUUUCAUACGCUGGCAAGGUUUAUCAUGCUGCGGGCAUCAACCCCCUGGAUCUACCGUCUCCUGUCAAUAGCGCUAGGCAUUCCCUCGAGAUGCUCACUAAUCUGUGUGAGCAGAGUGGGUGGAAGUGGAUAGAUGGUAUGCUACUUGGUGGCUGUUUGCAUUAUGGACUCGAGCAUUAUGAGGAGGCUCUGGACUGGUUCCAAAGGAUUGUAAAUCUGGAGGCUCGUCAUGUGGAAGCCAUCUCAAAUAUUGCAGCUACCCUUUACUGCCUCAACAGGCAUGACGAGGCAGAAAAGCAUUGGCUUGAUGCUGUCAGCAUUCGCCCCGCAUACCUUGAAGCAGUAGAACAUCUCGUCGGACUACUCUGCUCAAGUCAACGCAGCAGGCAGGCUGUGGAUAUCAUCGGCAACGUGCAGCAAAGGUUGCGCAUGCCACAGCCUGGAUCUUCUAACUGUAACGAUGAACCUGCAAAGUCUUUCCCAUCCCCCGCAACGGCAAAUCAGCCAGGGUUUGGAUCAAGUGGCUAUAUGAUUCCUGGCCACGACAACGGACGCAUGCUUCUAUUAGUACACGCUAAAGGGAACAUGCUUUACGCCUUGAAGGAGAUUGAAAAGGCAUCGGAGGCGUUUGAGGAGGUAGUCAUGAUCGCCAUUGGCAGGAAAGCCCCAGGAAUCCAAACCUUGAUUCGCGAAAUCCAGGCCGCAUUGUCACCACGGGUGGCCUUCAACGGAGUUCGAACCACUGGCCAAAAGCCAAGCCCUAUGCUCUUGCCUCCAGAAAAGGCAAAGCGCACAGCCGAUAUCUUGUUUGCAGGUACCCGCGGCCAGCUCCCUGGCCUGCGCUAUAUCGGCGAAGGAAAGCAUCGAACAUCGACAAUAACUACAACCAGCAACUCGUUACUAUCACUGGCUAAGAUCUUUCAGGACUCCAUGUCGAGUGGUGGGCUGCCGCUUGGACAGGGAGGACAACCAUCAGGGGUGGGCGAUAUUUUGGCGCUCUACUAUCUUUCACUUUCACUGCAAGAAAGCCCAUCAACGGCCAACAACGUAGGUAUACUGCUUGCGAGUGUUCAGCAGUCUUCAUCGCAGGCAGAGCCGCUCUCGGCCGAGUCUGCUGCCCUUGUGCAGCAUAUUCCUGGCAUUGUCCGCGGCAGCGGGCUCGAGUUGGCGUUGCUCUACUACCAAUACGGCCUGACAAUAGAUCCGAACCACGUACACCUGCACACGAACCUCGGUAGCCUGCUCAAGGACAUUGGACAGCUAGACAUGGCGAUUGGAAUGUAUGAGCGCGCAGUUAAUUGCGACGGGAAUUUUGAUAUUGCUCUCACGAACCUGGCGAAUGCUGUCAAAGAUCGUGGUCGUAUCCAUGACGCUGUCAUGUACUAUAGGCGUGCUGUGGACGCAAACCCGAACUUCGCCGAAGCUGUCUGCGGACUAUCAACUGCGCUGAACUCUGUUUGCGAUUGGAAAGGCAGAGGAGGCGUCUAUCUGUAUGGCGGCAAGUUUGAUCGCUGGCAUGUGGAUGAGGAUGGCAUGCUCAGAGAUGUGCGGCAGAACCCGCAGGGCAGCGGCUUGAUGAAACGUGUCACAGAAAUAGUCAAGCGCCAGCUCAACGAGUCUUCAUCUUGGGGCCGUGGGACUUUGCAGGAAGCUGUCAUCAAGAUACUCAAGGUCCAGCUCGACAAACUGGUGGAUGGGGAAUUCGAUCUGGAGGCCGAGCUGCGCAAAUGGAACGGACUGGUGUGGGAGGGCUCCCGGAUACUUCGCCUGAUCGAACGGUCGACGAGGGUCUCGAUGAGGAACUGGUAUCUUGAUAAGUACGUCCAGGGCCGAGAGUCGGCGGAGGGGUAUGCUCGGGCACGCCUACCUGGCAGCCUUUCAGUGCCUACAGCACCAACAGUACUGCCAUUCCACACUUUCACGUGUCCUUUGACGGCUCGGGAUAUUCGUAUGAUCUCGCAGCGCAACGCACAUCGCAUUUCCGCCUCAACACUACGCUCGCAUUGGCUGCCCAGUACCGUCUACGAGCCUCCACCACCACCCCAGCCGUACCUCAACGUUGGGUAUCUUUCUUCUGACUUCAAUAACCAUCCAUUGGCUCACUUGAUGCAGUCUGUGUUCGGCCUUCACGACCAGUCACGCGUCAAAGCCCACUGCUAUGCAACCACGGCCAGCGACAAGUCAAUUCACCGACAGCAGAUCGAACGAGAGGCGCCAGUUUUUCGAGAUGUGAGCAACUGGUCAUCUGAACGGCUCGUCGACCAGAUUGUGCGGGACAAUAUCCACAUCCUGGUCAACCUAAACGGCUACACUCGAGGGGCGCGCAAUGAGAUAUUCGCUGCCCGUCCCGCCCCGAUUCAGAUGUCAUUCAUGGGGUUUGCCGGAACUCUGGGAGCAGAGUGGUGUGAUUAUUUAUUGGCUGAUACCACAGCCGUCCCACCCUCGACACUCCGUCCCUACCGGCGUAAUGUCGAUGUGCAGGAUAUAUUUCGUGAUGAAGGCGAUGAUGACAAGGGCGAGUGGAUAUACUCGGAGAACAUCAUUUAUUGUCGGGAUACUUUCUUCUGCUGUGACCACGCGCAGUCGUCUGAUGGGAAUGACGACAGGAAGUUGACUUGGGAAGAUGAGCAAGCAAGGCGCUGGAAGAUGCGCAAGGAAAUAUUCCCCAACUUGCCUGACGACGCCAUCAUCCUGGGCAACUUCAACCAGCUGUACAAGAUCGAUCCUACAACCUUCAGAACCUGGCUUAGGAUUUUGUCUCAGGUUCCCAAAGCCGUCCUAUGGCUUCUUCGCUUUCCCGAACUCGGCGAGUGCAACUUGCGGAAUACCGCUAGGGCCUGGGCGGGUGAGAAGGUAGCAAGCCGCAUCAUAUUCACAGACGUCGCACCGAAGCAGCAACACAUCUCGCGUGCCCGUGUCUGCGAUUUGUUCCUUGAUACCCCCGAAUGCAAUGCGCACACGACAGCAGCGGAUAUCCUCUGGUCUAGCACGCCUCUGCUGACAUUGCCGCGGUAUGAAUACAAGAUGUGCUCGCGCAUGGCAGCCUCCAUUCUCAAGGGCGCUCUUCCAAAGUCUGAGGAGGGCACUCGCGCCGCGACAGAGCUUAUAGCAUCCGACGAAAAGGAUUAUGAGGAGUCAGCAGUUGGUCUUGCCAACGGACUCAAGUACCGACCCAACGUUGAGAGGGGGUACGGCGAAGGUUCUGGUCGCCUCGCCGAGAUGAGAAAGCUUCUUUGGGACAGCAAGUUUAGCUGUGCAUUGUUCGAUACCAAGCGUUGGGUGAGAGAUUUAGAGGAUGCCUACGACGAGGCAUGGAGGCGUUGGGUCGCGGGCGAAGGCGGUGACAUUUACCUUUGA